CGAGACGGCACAACACGCAAUGCCUAACACGUUGAUAAACAAAAUGGCGGCGAGCCCGCCCUGCGCGUCCACUACCUGCAAAGUUUCUUUUGAAUUCUGACUCCGCGUUUUAUGUAAUGCACCUUGCUCUAGUGGCCAUUGUUUCCAGAAGCUGAGAAGCAUCCGAGUCACGCCUCAGUCAGAAGCAUUACACUGAUUGAUUGACUGAUUAAAAGGUCCCUUGCUUUCUGACAUCAGUCGUUAUCCUGGCAGGUCGUAAUCCGACACAUUUUGCAGCAUCUAGUACGCUUCAACUGUGUAGGUUGCGCCCAAGUUCCAGCUGAAGAUAACUCCUUAUCAUGGAUUCAACACCAACCAUGACUGAGGGUCUUCCAACCUCGUCGCUUCUCCGUUUACCUUUCGAGAUCCGCCUUAUGAUCUACGAAUAUCUAUUGCUACCCUCAAAGACACCCUACUCUGGACGCGGAACGUCGGUCGCGAAUUUGGUACCCGAUUUCCAUACCUACUUCUCCGAGGACACGAACAACGACCCGUUCACUUUGAGCGUACGGACAAUCGAUCCUUGGUUGGGGAGUCAAGGCCUGAAGACAUGGAAAAGGAGGAGUGCUUAUCAUGUAAGGACUGGCCCGUUUCUUACAACCACGGCACCAACGACCUACCGCGUCCUUCUCUCGCCCUAUACCGCACAUCUGCGCCAUACGGUUCCCUCCCUAAUGUGUAUAAACUCGCAAAUACACGCCGAAGCGAGCAAAAUGCUCUACUCCACAUAUACGUUUAGUUUCCACAUGAGCGUGGAAGCCGUGGUACCCUUCCUAUCGGACCUAACACCACGAAGUCGGGCCUCAAUCAGACACCUCAGUCUGACGAAAAAAGCACUACCAUACGCAAAGGAAUUCGAUCGUGCAGAAUGGGCAGGAAUGUGCGCCUAUCUGGCCGGCGCAACAGACAAUACCCUGGCUACAGGAGGCGGCUCAAGCAUACAUUUGAGUACGCUCAAGCUUCAAAUGAUUGCCGGCAAGCCCGACCAAGCCUGGGAUUCUAUUACGCCUAUGAACCCGUCCGACUUUGAUACCAUGCUGCGCAUGAAGAACGAGUGGCUUGGCGGCAGUGGAGAUUUCGGUGGCGUGGAUCUCGAGUGGGCGGAGCAGGUCAUGGCUAUCAAGGGCUUGAGGGAUAUCAAAGUUAAGGCGCUAGUUGAGCGAUGCGCGAGACCUGUGAGCGAGAAACAGGCGUUUUGGGUCGCGUUUAGUAAGAGUGUUGCUGAAGGCGGGUUUGGCGAGUGGAUGAAGGGACGGAUGCUGGAAGUUUGAAUGGUUGGGUUGGCAUGUAUGGAUGGAUGGGGGAUGAGUUUGGUAUAGAUUACGUUUGACGGGAAGUGCGUGAGGAUUAGAAGAAAGGUUAUGAAAAGGGUUGGUUGGGUUUUGUGAUAUCCUAACUGGUUAAAAUUGAGAGUUUAGAAUUGGCGCGGGCGUAUGAAUCUGUUUUAUGUGUAAUCGAAUCUGUUGGUGCCGAGGACAAUUUGCUAAUAAGAAACGCGUGUGAUAGUCA